AUGGAUGACCAAGCGGAUCGAAUGAGGGGAUACCGCUUCAUUGCACCCCGCCAUGUCGAUGUACAGAAGCCACCAACUCCACAAACACCAAACGCCGACGAAGGUAAAACGAAACGUGCAUCGAUGGCUUGCUUAGAAUGCAAAAAGAGGCGGACAAAGUGUAGUACCGGUAACCCUUGCACGGAAUGCGCUAAUCAUGGACGGGGUUGUAUAUACGAUGUUAAUGCCGACAAACGCCGCAAAGAACACGUUAUGAGUACCAAACAACAAUUGGAGAAUACGGAAGAUAAUCUUCGAUACUAUCAUGGCUUCUUGGAAGACAUUCUGGCUUCUAUUCGGUUGGGUAGCAGAUAUCAGGUGGACCAGUUACUUCAGGUGGUCCAAGAUACCGUCCGGAACCCAGACCCAGAAAACAAAAGUGGCUACAACAAAAUAAGAGAGGCUAUCUUCUCGAUUCUUGGCGAGUUUGAAGACGCUGAAGGCAGUGACGAGACUUCCGAUGUUGACCAGAGCAUGGCUGAGUAG